CACUCGCACCCUGCUCAUUUCGUUUCCUUUAUCUUCGUUGCUUCCCUACACUUCACAUUUCUGUAUCAAACUUUCUACAUCAACUGCCAGUGUGUGUUACAACGAGACCUAGUGCGCUUUCGUUGAUUUCUUCCACAGUUUGAGUAUACAUCCACUCACAAUGGCAACACCUGCCUCAUUACCGAACCCUGUUCGCGACACUCAAGAUCUCAAAGACGAAAAAGCUGUCGACGCCUACCAGCACGGCCACGAUGCAGACCUGAUUCCCCCACCAGAUGUAUUCAACCAAGACUUGGAGAAGGGCGCGCACAGCCAUGCAAACUCAGUACACAGCGGUGAACGAACUCUGACGAGCGAGGCGCCGGUUCAAGAAGAGGAGCGAGAUCCCGAUAUCGUGGACUGGGAUGGCCCAGAUGAUCCCCAAAACCCACAAAAUUGGACUGCGGGGAAGAAGUGGCAGAUCAUAGCCGCGCUAGGCUUUAUUACUCUCAUCACACCCUUGGCGUCGUCCUUCUUCGCUCCUGGCGUUCCCCAUGUCUUGGCAGCCUUCAACGAGACGUCCAAAUUGAUGGCCACUUUCGUCGUAUCAGUCUAUAUUCUCGGAUUCGCAAUCGGCCCCCUGAUCAUCGCGCCCCUGUCAGAGCUAUAUGGCCGUAUGCUACUGUACAAUAUCUGCAACGUGCUGUUCAUCGUCUUCAACAUUGGCUGCGCGGCUUCCAACUCCAUGGGCAUGUUAAUAGCCUUCCGACUUCUCGCUGGAUGCGCUGGAAGUUGCCCGUUGACGAUCGGGGGUGGAACCGUUUCAGACAUGUUCCCUCUGCAACAGCGAGCAGGUGCUAUGGCGAUAUAUUCAAUCGGACCUCUACUUGGUCCUGUCAUCGGUCCCGUUUGCGGUGGAUUCCUCGUCGAGACAGCUUCAUGGCGCUGGGUAUUCUGGAUACUGGCCAUCGCUGGGGGUAUCUCUGGAAUUUCGCUCUACAUUGUCGGCCGCGAAACAUAUGCCACCACAAUCCUGGAGCGCAAAGCCGCACGCCUUCGAAAGGAAACAGGAAACCCGAAUCUACGCUCCAAACUCGCAAGCGGACUACCAGCGAAGGAGAUCUUUAUCCGAGCCAUCACACGACCCAUGAAAAUGCUUUUCUUGUCACCCAUUGUGGGACUGAUGGCUCUAUACGUGGCCAUCAACUACGGCAUUUUGUAUCUCUUUUUUACUACCAUGACCUUCACCUUCGUAGGAACGUACCAUUUCUCAUCUGGCGCAAGCGGCGUUUCAUUUGUGGGUAUCGGCGUCGGAAUGAUGGUCGGAAUGGCAGCAAUGGGAAUAAUGUCGGACAAACUCAUCAAGAAAGCUCAAGCCAACGGCGAGGUUAUAACACCUGAGCACCGCCUCCCGAUCGUCCUCACUCUCCCAGGUGCAAUCUCCAUGCCAAUCGGUAUAUUCAUCUACGGGUGGUCAGCAUACUACGGCGUACAUUGGAUCGUUCCCAUCAUCGGCACAGCAUUCAUCGGCGUCGGCAACCUCACUGCCCUGAUGACUAUUCAAACAUACCUCGUAGACGCCUUUACCGUGCACGCCGCCAGCGCCAUCGCUGCAAACACAGUCCUGCGCUCCAUCUUCGGCGCUGUCCUUCCCCUCAUCGGCCUCGACAUGUACGACGCGCUAGGUUUGGGCUGGGGCAAUUCGCUGCUCGGAUUUAUUGCUCUAGCUUUCAUCCCCGUACCGGUGCUAUUCAAGUUCUACGGCCAGCGGAUACGCACGAACCCCAGGUUCCGCAUCAACUUCUAAGGGCUCCAUACACCCUACAUUUGUGUUUUGCAUUGCGUGGCGUUUGAUAUUUCAAGAGGUCCUAAGACCUCCCGGCAUACCCUUUUCCUUCAAUACAUC